ACCAAAUGAAUCAAACAUCUUUCCUGGACACAUCACACAUCCCCCAUGAUAUUUAUUCCCUACCUACACUAGAGCACAACUGUAUUCAUUCAUUUUUACCUAAUCAUCAUUAAAGUAUUACAUAUUUCAUCUUUUAUCGAAGGCCUCUCAUUUCACAACUACGUAGCUAACUUUUUGGGGUGAAGUCAUCACCUAGUAGCCGGCACAUUCCUCAACCCCAACCAUCUACCAACAGCAUGGCGUCGAUGAAUACCUGCCCCGAGGAGCUUCGCCUUAUGUUCGUGGAACACGUACACGAUGUAUCUCCAAAAUCCCUGGAUUCCCUCGCCUUGGUGAAUAAGUCAUUCCACAAGCACGUUCAGAAUUUCAGAUUCCAAGCGUGGAAUUUUCGCCAUGGGAAUCUGACUAAGGAUUUGGACUACAUCAAACGCAAGAAGCUUCAGGACAAGAUCCGACGUGUGCACCUAACGGACUAUAUGGCCGUAAGGUAUGACUUCUGCAUGUUGUUGCCCAAGAUGGCGAUGCUGCGAGAUAUCGAGAUGGUCUGCGGCUUUGGACACAAGUAUCUUCAGGAUACUAUACUCAAGUAUCUUCGAUGCCGACAGGAGAUUCGUCUACACGUGGCGUUAUCCGGCGAACCCAUUCGACAUGAAGGCGUGUUAGCCGAACCAAUACAUCUCGAAGGUUUCGUGGGAUGCCAAAACCUCUAUUCCCUGAGCGUGAAGCAUCACUACGACAUGAUGACUUCCUGCCGCGACGUAACGAAGCCUCUGAAGGACGUGCUUCUCACGUGUCCCAAUCUUCGCCAUCUAAAGCUUGACAUCAGACAACUCCCAAACCCCGGUAACCGUUUGAUGCAUUACUGCGGCUUCGGAUUCGUCAACAACGAGCGAAUCCCGGCAGCCCUCGAGACACUGGAGGUCAUCGCGUAUCCGUUUGGGAAGAAGGAUACGCACCCUCAUCUAUUCCAACCCAACAUCCCCGACUACCCAUUGCUAGGGUAUGAGCAGCGCUACUGGACGAACCGAUUCGACUGGUCCAACUUAACCCGACUUAACGUUCGCGACACGUGGGCCUGGAUCCCUCACUUGGAGAAGCUGACGUCCCUCAAGGAGGUGGAUUUUACCAGCGACCCUUGCACAGAGUUUGCACCGGCAUUCCUUCGAGGGGUCCCCACCAAGCUAGAAAGCAUCAAGGUGAACCAACUAGAAGUCCCUGGUUGGGAUACCAUCGUCUUACACGGAAGCGCGCUCCGCGUCCUUCACAUCGUCGGGGACGGUCGACAAAAUCCAGCCGCCAACAUGACCAUCGAACACGAGCUCCGCAACAUUCUCAAACCCAUCCGAGAAGGCUGUCCGUAUAUCGAGGACUUGGGCAUCAGCUUUGCCCGAGACGACUUAUGGCCGGACGAGAUCCUGCGCGAGGUCGCCCAGUUCAAGAGAGUGCGCAAAGUGACGCUGUACUUCGACUACACGAACCGCAACUUCAACAACCACAAGCUCAAGCCGGCCAUCACUUUCAAAGGCGCGUCCGACGUCUUCAAGUACCUCGCCGUGUGGUCGGAAGGCAAAGAAUACUACCCCUUCCGCGAGGUGCGCCUCGUCUCCGGGAUCUUCCGUCCACUUAAGAACCUGUACAUCGUCCCCCAGACCGCAGAAGAUGCCUGGACAAACGACAGCGCCGUCACCAUUGUCUGCCAAACCUCAGAGCGGGACGACACUCGAAACACGGAGUGGUACGAGGCUUCGUGCCCGGACCUGACGGCGGAGGAGAACGACAUUCUCGACGAGGGCGUGACGGUAGGGCGUAAAGAGAUGUUGAAGCUGGUCAAACGAUCCCUGACCGCGCCUAGACUGAAGACGGUGUCGCCGAAGUUCAAGCUCGCGUGGGAGGGUCCGGUGUCGUAUUGGCAGUGGCAGGACUACAGGAACUGGUUUUACAGACCCGGGAAGGAGAGAUUCUUCAAGGGCGAUGGCGUGGAUUACAUCGUUGAGGACGAGGACGAUUGGCAUGAACUGCGACGCGGUCAUCCGCAUCCCCCGUUUCAGCACUAA